AUGGCCAAUGCGAAUGGCGCUCCACGCAGGGUCUCCAUGGCUUACAUUCUAGGCUUCAGCGACAAGCCGUACAAGGAGAUCACUACCCCUGGCCGCAUCAUGGAGUGGACCGCAAGCGACGGACGUAAAGGCAAACUCACCGGCGCCGGCAAGCCACGACUCACUGCAGCUAGUCUUGCGAAGGUACCGUCCAAAAGGCGAUCAACGAAAGAAGUACUAGGCGCGAAGAGUAUAUCGAAGAAAGCACCAUCGAACAAGCCCGCCGUUGAUGGAGAUAACUUGAGGGGUGACAAUGCCAAUUGGGAUAGCGCUUCCGUGAAAGAUGGAACGAAGAAGUCGGGUUCAAAGAAGGGUGAUGAAUGGGUCAUAGAUAGCACAGCCAAUGGUAUCAGCGAUCCGCUCGCGGACACUUGGGGAAACACUGGAAAUGCUCUAGGUGGCGAUGACAAGAACGGAGGCACGAAGAACCUAACCGCAGAGGAACGGCCAGCUGCCAGUGGCACUGCGGAUGCUCCAGUCAUCGCAGACACUAAAGACAAGCAAGCAGGUGACGACAAUCCCCAUGGCUUCACCAAAGAACAGGACGAGAAGUUGCUCAAGUGGAAAGCUGAGAACAGCAACAAACCCUGGGCUGAUUUCGCAGGGGACAUCGACAAGCAGGAUCUUCAAUGUAAGGAACGCUUCAAACAGAUCAAGCCGAAGGAUUUGAAGCCCAAUGCGUCCAACCAAGGUGGAGGGGGUACGGGGGGUGAAGGCAAGAAGGAGAACAUUAAAGGGAAGAAACAGAACCACAAUCAGAAUCAAGGCAACGGAGGGAACAAGAAGGACGAGAAGAAAGAUGGUAAUAAAGAGGAAGAGAAGAAGGAAGAAAAGAAGGAAGAAAAGAAGGAAGAGAGCGACUCAGUUAACUUAUGGAAAACGUGGGGCGGCGUCGGCUUUACAGAGGGCACCAACGAUGAUAAGAAGGAUGACGCUGGCAGGGCCAAUAACGCGGACAACAGCGGGUCGAACAAUGCCACUGAGACUUGGGGCAAUAAGGUCGAAGACGGAGGUACUACUGGCGCAGGCGGCUUCGGUUGGAGUAAGGAUGCUGGCACCGGUUUCGAUCCAGGAGACUCGUGGGGACCCACUGCUGCAGUGGGUGUUGCCACCACAAAUCGGGAUACGAUCAACAAUCAGAGUAGCAACAAUGCUGGUGGUAUAUCCCAGGGUUCUGACAACAGGGCCUCGCCAGCUGCGAUCAAACCCACAUCGAGGCCUUCUUCGAACAAAGCUCCCUCCAAGUCCCACUCUCAACACAAAGUCAGCAACGACAACAACAUCCAGCCCACCACGGUCCGUCCUCUAGAGCUCGAAGUCAAACCAGAUGACACCUUCUCCGCUGAUGAUCUACGUCUAAUCGCUCGCAUCUUACAACAGGAUUGCUCCAUGGUCUGGAAUAGGGUCAGCUGGCGGUUCAGGGACAAGACUGGUAGGACGUUACACCCUGACGAGUUUGAGAAGAAGAUUGCUGGGAAUCUAGAGGGUAAGGACAGCGAGAAGGGUGAGCGGAGGCGAUAG